UUUGGCGUCAUAACGGUAAAAGUUGUUUGUGCAAAGUUAAAAAUUGCCUUUCAAGUGUUUUUAGUGUUCGUAUCGUUUAAAAACCUAUACACUAUAAUUAAAAGUGCAAACAGUGUUUUAGAAAAGUGUUUUUGUAUACAAUUACAUUGUAAUAAGCAUAAUUUAUAAGGAAAAAUGGGUGAUGCACUGAAAAAACUAGUCGCAGCCAGAGGACAAGCCAAAGGGUUUAUGACCCGUUUAAGGGCUUACAUAAACAACAUAGAUCCAGAUGACAAAGAGGUCAUAGACACGGUGGAAGCUGCUUACUUUGAGAUGGCUGCAUAUCUCAAUUCGCAGUUAAUGCCUAUUGGUGUCGAUUCUACUCUCGCGCGACCUGCGCAAGAGGCCGGUUACGGCGGAUACCAAAGGCUCCCACGCAUUGAGAUCAAAAAAUUCAACGGCGAGAGGACCGGGCUGCGGCACUGGAAACCCUUGCCCAGGCGCAACCCCCAACAAAGAGAAGCAGCUUAGUAGUCGCUGCGACAAGUGAUGGUUCUACCAAACAAUCUACAAAAAACUUAAAAUAAUUUACUGCGAGACCAACUGCUGGCACAGCCUGGUGGUCCGUACCUCCAUAACACACGUUUUGGCUACAUUGUAGCUGGGAGAGUGAGUGACAGCGAACAAGCUGACUCCUCUCAUCUUACAGCAGCGGUCUGUUGCAAACAUGUCGGUAAC